GAGUUUGAUCUGCAAGAACUUAUGAUAAGAAUCUGCUAUGGGGCAUCUCAGCUUAGAGAAGAAAUGGCUAUUUCCUCUUGGGAUAAGUUCUGUAAUAUGUAUAUUCCUCCUUGCUACUUCCUUCAACAUGGGACUAAUCUCUUCUGUUCACACAAUCAAUUCAAUCUUCUCAAUGUUUCCAUCUCCAAUGGCCACAAACCAAACGGACCCAGCGUUGUUUGCCGAGAGGAAAAUUGGGAGGUUACCACAGUCUCCGCCACCGCCGAACCCUGCAUUUAUGAUUCCACGGUUUGCUUACCUGGUUUCAGGAUCAAAAGGCGACUUAGAGAAGCUGUGGAGAACUCUCAAAGCAGUUUACCAUCCAUUGAAUCAAUACGUUGUUCAUUUGGACCUGGAGUCACCUGCAACGGAGAGAUUGGAGCUUGCUUCAAGAGUGGCAAAUGAGUCCAUUUUUGCUGAGAUUGGGAAUGUUUUCAUGAUCACCAAAGCAAAUAUGGUUACUUACAGAGGGCCAACAAUGGUGGCUAAUACUCUCCAUGCUUGUGCUAUUCUUCUCAAGAGAAGCAAUGACUGGGAUUGGUUUAUCAACCUUAGUGCCUCAGACUACCCUCUCAUCACUCAAGACGAUCUUCUGCACACAUUCUCACCACUAGAUAGAAAUUUGAACUUCAUUGAACACACAAGCAAGUUAGGAUGGAAAGCGGCUAAACGAGCCAUGCCAUUGAUGAUAGAUCCUGGAUUAUACAAAACAACCAAAUCAGAUGUUUUUUGGGUCAACCCAUCACGAGCUCUUCCUACAGCAUUCAAGUUAUUCACUGGAUCGGCAUGGAUGGUUCUGUCUCGUUCAUUUGUGGAGUAUCUCAUCUGGGGUUGGGACAACCUUCCUAGAACACUUCUCAUGUACUACACAAACUUUGUUUCUUCCCCAGAAGGCUACUUCCACACUGUAAUCUGCAAUGAGCCUGAGUUUGCAAAAACUGCAGUUAACCAUGACUUGCAUUACAUCUCUUGGGACGUUCCGCCGCGACAGCAUCCCCAUGCCCUCACCAUUAACGACACAGAAAAGAUGAUAGCCAGCGGCGCUGCCUUUGCUCGGAAGUUUCGGCAAGACAACCCUGUGCUGGACAAGAUUGAUCAAGAGCUACUAGGACGUUAUGAUAAAGGGAGUUUUACCCCUGGCGGAUGGUGCUCUGGGAAACCAAAAUGCACAAAAGUUGGAAACCCAUUGAAGAUCAAGCCAGGACCAGGAGCUAAGAGGCUUCGCCGCCUCACAACAAAGCUAACUUUGGCUGCUAAAUUAGGUCAAGAUCAGUGUAAAUAGUCUUAGCUAGAAGAAAUAUUGAUCCAUGAAGAAGGUAGAAGAUAAAAAGUUUGGAAUUCUUGUUCCCACGUCACUCAUCAUUCUCUGAUAAAUAGUUGUUAUCGUUUGGAUAACAUUCUUGUUUGUUGUUUCUCAUUCAGUUCAUUGUUUCUCAUUUAAGUGAGAAACAAACAUGUUUUUUAAUGACUUUUAUUAUAUUCACUUCAUGUGUAAAGAAACAUAAACAGGUUUCACAAAUUUAAAAUAAGUAAUGAAAAUGUCAUCAAAGGAACGCAAGUUAAUUCUAUCUAGUAA